UCAUCAAAAAAUGAUGUGGGUUUGAAGUUGAUCAACCCCAAUGCCUCGGAUGCGCUCGUUUCAAAUCCAGAGCAAGGUACCUCGUGCUCCACGUCAACGUUACCAUGCCCAACAACCUCUUCAACUCCGUCAUCCUCAUCAGCGUGUGCACUAACGCAUCACUGUGGACGUCCGUUUUGUAAACUCAAGAAACGAAUGCAUUACCACUGUAAUUUCUGUGAGCAAGGCUUUGGUAACAUCGAACGUUUGGUGCCACAUCUGCACAAGCAUUACGCUUCGAAUCAAUCCGUAUCUCCGGCUCUCCUAGGCAAACUUUUCACUUUCCAAUCAUCACCAUCAAUGCUCACAAUGAUUCCCAACCAAUUCACUGGCGACACUCGAACCCAGUCCCGUCACUUCACUGAUUCUGCUGAUAGCAGUCUAUCAUCACUAUCGACUUGUUCUGAUCCGGUAACUCUCUGUACUAAUAACGCCUCACCAGCCACCGCGUCUACAUCAUCGAUGGGGAAUCCAAAGAGUGGCUCAAAACUGCAGAAAACUCUGGAGCCGGAUUGGUCAUACGGCCGAAUCAGUGCCACCAAGCCAUUGGUGUUUGUAAAUGGGAAGAGCAGAACUGGUGCGAAUAGCUCGAAGUUGGCUGACAAUCAGCUGGCCAACUCAGUCGGUAGAAAUCCAGCAAAACGUGGCAGCAAAUCUGAUUGUUCGACAGCGUUUAGUCAGGGCAAUUUGACAAAAGCUACGUUUGGGUCAUCGACUAAUAAUAACAAACGAUUCAAAUUCGUUGAUUGCACACUGGAAGCGAUGGAAGCUGUUUCGAGGUGA